AAUUUUAAGCAGAACGAGCUAGCUGUAUCCAGAUCUGAACAUCUUGAUUUCCUCAGUCGAAAAAUUCAUGAUAAUGUGUGAAUUUUUCGCUUCUGUCAUUCCAGAGUUGCUGAUAUAGAGUCUUGACGCCAUGGACUUCCAGAAAAUCCUCGAACUUGCGACAAAGAAUCAGAAAGUUGCCGAGAAAAAGCUUACAGAAACCAAGAGAUACAGUUCUGCCGUCCCACCCCCAAAGAAAGAGCCGAGACCCAAUGUUGAUCCUGAUGCAAUAAGGGCCAGGAUUGAAAAAAAAGAAAAAGAUAGAAAACAAAAAUUGAUAGAUGAAGAACAGGCAAGGAAGGAAGGAGCUCAAAGACAGAUAGAGGCGGAACGGAAAUUUGCAGAAGAGAAGCGGAACAACCGGAAGGCGUCCAGAAAAGCAAAAACUCCGGAGAAGGCGAAGAGAAAACCCUGCGCAGCUUCUGAAGAGUCAUCAGGGAGACAAGAGCCAUACCGGGAUAAGGAGCAUGAGGUUGUCCAUAGAACAUUCAUGCAGAAAGUGGAGAAGGAUUCAGAGAGGCAUCGAGAGAAGGUGGCUAAGAAAGACAAGAGAGAAAUGGAAGCGAGGCCUUCAAGACCAAAGCCGUCUAAAAAGCCACCACCUGCUCCGAAGAAGCCGAUGAGCUAUGAGGAACUCUUGAAGUUUGCAGAACAGCAGAAGACAGUUGGUUCAUCAAGGAGCGGUGGAAGGACGGAUGAAGAAGAGGAAGAUUCGGAAGAAGAAGAGUCCGAGGAGGAAGAAGAGUAUGAGAGAAGACCUAGGGAACGAGUCAACCAACCGUCGGACCGGAGCAGAGACCAGAUGAGAAUCCCUAAAAUGAAGGAUCGAUCAAAAGAUGAGAGGCCUGCGAAAAUAUCCCAUGGACAAACUCCUAUUACCAAAAUUGACAAAAGUGGAAGACCUCCAUUGCAAAGCUGCAAGAAAGAUAAGAAUAGACAGUUACCUGAUAAUAUUAAAGAUAAUAAGGGACAUAGACAUUCUCGCGAUCUUGAAAGAACCAGUGUGAAAAGGGUCAAUGGCCAAAUGAAUACAAGUAUACAUGUAGGUGGGUUGGGGAAUGAAAGAAGAAGUGACCAUCCUGAGAAAUUUACCAGAGAUAAAACGUCAUCUGGGCAUGACAGGACGAAAAGUGGUUCCGGAAGCAAGGCAUCUUUGGGCUCUGAUAAGAAACAUGUUAACAGGGCAGGAGAGCGUCCAAAGGCAGGGGAUAGGUCUUGCAGAAGUGGUGACAAACCAACAGGGAAACCUAACGACAGACCAGCUAAUAGGACUAAUGAUAAGGUGCCCCAGAGGCUUGAUGGAAAGGGAUCUGAUAGGCCAGGAGCAAGGCCAAGUAGUUCAGCAGGGAGAACUGAAUCCACCAGACAUGAAUCUAGACCUCAUUCCAAAUCAGUCCCUGGUAAGCCACCCAGAACUGUUCCUGGACCUGGCCCAGGUAAGCCACCUCACACUCUUCCUGGUAAAUCUUCUGGACCUGUUCCUGGGAGAGCGUCUGGACCGGUUUCCAGCAAGCAAACCAAACCAAUCCAAGAUGCGAGGUCCAGAGACCAACACAAACCAGGGAAUCAUAUCCGAGAGAGACCAAGACCAUCUGGAAUGGGACCACCAAGGGGACCACCGAGGGGACCAGAAGUCAGUAGGAAAAGACCAGCUAAACCACCAAUAAUGCAUGUCAAGCGAGGGCGUUUGAUUGACAGUGACGAGGAGAGCGACUACGACGACGGAGAUGGGUUCAUCGAUGAUACCCCACUGGAUGACUCGGGGAGUGGUGAUGUAUCAAGCUAUAUCAAGGAAAUAUUUGGAUAUGACAAAUCAAAGUACGGGUAUGAGAGUGACUUUGCUCUUCGUUCUAUGGAUGCCAGCUACAAAGAUAUCCAAAGGGAGGAGGCCAGGAGCACCCGUCUUGGGAUGUUAGAAGAUCUAGAGGACAUGAGGAAGGAAAAAGAAGAGAUGAAGAGGAAAGCAAUGAAGAAAGGAAAGAAGAGGUGAUAGAGGGAAGAGAAAAACAAUUGCGGUCUUUUCACGCGUUGUCACCACUGGCUAUGGAUAGUGCUGUUGGUCGCCAACGACAUCACUUGCGAUAAAUUGCUACAAGCAAUCGGUAACUUGUUAUUUCAUGUCAUUUUCAGGUGUUUGAGGGAUGGGAGACCCGUUGCCAAUAAUAAUAAUAGUAAUAGGCAUUUAUAUAGCGCCAUCUAUCU